GGAUGACAACCUAACUACCAGUAAGGUCACCAAAUAUUGUAGGUGUGCUCUCAGCGAACUUCCAAUGAGAGUCAUAUUCAGAGGCGAGCAAUGUCACAGGAAUUUGAGAGGAAACAGUUCAAUCUUCGCUUGUCGUAAUUUGGAUGGAGGAUACAACAUUUGUGACCUAUUGGUGUUAGCCUUUUUAUACCAAGGUACUAGCUAGAAUAAAUUGUUCCAAAAAAGCAAAAUCAUUUGGAAGUUCUGCAAUUACAUGCACUGCCGGCACUAUAUUAACCCCUUCGCCCCCUCCCCUUGCACACACACAAAGAUAUAAAAAAGGUUUUGGAAAUAGAAUGUGCACACACUAUAUAAACCAUUUCCUCCUCCUCCUCUACACAUUGGGUAGUUGAAUAUUCUCAAAGACAAGCGAUCAGCACCACCUUUGCUAGGUGAAACUGCUUGCAAUGGAACUUCCAGGGGCAUCAUCUCGGCGCUCGAUGGGUAUGUCAUUGGCCUCACUUCUAAAGCGAUUUAGUGGCAUAGCACAAUCGCCAAAAGGGUGCCGCUACAACCCAGAGAGUGCCGGCAUCGGGAUUGUGUCGGUUGUUAUGGAACCAACCGCUGCACACGUACGCAUCGUCAGGCCUAUCAUCCACAUCAACGCUCGUGAGAUCCUAGAGGUUACACUACCAAACCUCUGUAGGAGCAAUAGGAGGCCAUUCCGAGCAGCCAUACUGUCGUGCGGUCUAUGCCGCACCUGGAUCGGUAGUGGUACCGUCUACAUGUUCAAAGGUGAGACGGGAUUCUGUACACAAGAGUGUCUCGGUCAUUAUAUCAUGGAGCAAUUUGAAAAGCAGAGACAUAAGGUGAGGUGGUGUAGCAGAGAAAAGGUGCCACCAAUGGCGGGCGAUAAGGAAGGCGAUCAGAGCUGCAUUUUCUUCACUUGUGCUGGCAGCCUAUGAUACACAUACAUGUAUGUUUGAGAGAUUCAUGAGCAUAGAAUGACGGAAACCUAUUUUUCACAAUGUAUAAUUUGGUGAUUUUGUAAGUAAUAGAACACCUGUGGUUAACAAAUAGCAAUACACUUUUGACGUGGUACGAGCA